AUGAAGCAGAAAUUUAUACCAUCAGUUCAAACUAUUUUGCUGCUUGCUCUGACUGCAAUGGGCCUGACAGGUCAAUCACACCCUGGAAAGCCUAUGAUAACGAGAUGUCGUUCUCUAAAAAUGGAAUCCUUUUCUUGCUGGUGGAAGCCUGGCUCAGAUGGAGGACUUCCUACCAAUUACACCCUGUUCUACAGCAAGGACAGUGAAGGAAAAAACUAUGAAUGUCCAGACUACCGAACAUCAGGUCCCAAUUCCUGCUACUUUGAUAAAAACCACACUGAUCCCCAGACAGCAUACAAUAUCACUGUAGUGGCAACGAAUGAGGUUGGAAGUAACAGCUCAGACCCUCAAUACGUGGAUGUGACCUCCAUAGUUCAGCCAGAUGCUCCUGUGAACCUCUCUCUAGAAACCAAAACAUCUGAUAGUGUAAUGCAGCUUUUGGCAAAAUGGUCUCCACCUCAGCUAGGUGAUUCCAGCUCUGCGUCACAUGUAUAUCACUAUGAGCUACGACUAAAACCUGAGGAGAAGGAAGAAUGGGAGACAAUAUCUGUUGGAGUGCAGACACAGUACAAAGUGAUUAGGAUACAAGCUGGGGUGAAAUAUGUUGUUCAGGUCCGUUGCAUGUUAGAUCAUGGAGAAUGGAGUGAGUGGAGCUCUGAAAGAUUCAUCCAGAUACCCAAUGGUGAGUGAAGUGUCACCUCCUGAAAAGCCUAAAAUAAUAAAAUGCCGUUCUCCAGAAAAGGAAACAUUUACUUGUUGGUGGAAACCUGGUUCAAAUGGAGGACGUCCUACUAACUACACUUUUCUUUACAGCAAAGAAGGAGAACAACAGGUUCAUGAAUGUCCUGAUUACAGAAGUGGGGGCCCCAAUUCAUGCUACUUUGAUAAAAAGCACACCUCUUUCUGGACCGUAUACAAUAUUACUGUGAGGGCAACCAAUGAAGUGGGAAGCAAUGUGUCCGAUCCUCAUUAUGUGGAUGUGACUUACAUAGUACAACCAGAUCCUCCUGUGAAUAUAAGUCUUGAAUUAAAAAAGCCAAUAAACAGGAAAAAAUAUCUGGUCUUGACAUGGUCUCCACCUCCACUGGCUGAUGUCAGAUCUGGUUGGCUUACCCUUGAAUAUGAAUUGCAAAUAAAGCCUGAAGAAGGGGAGGAAUGGGAGACUGUCUUUGUUGGACAGCAAACACAAUAUAAAUUGUUUAGUUUGAAUCCUGGGAAGAACUAUGUUGUACAGAUUCGCUGCAAACCAGACCACCAUGGAUCGUGGAGUGAAUGGAGCUCAGAACACUAUUUUCAGACCUCUCCUGAGUUUAGAGUAAAAGAGAUGGCUGUGUGGAUCACCGUUGGUGUCUUGUCAUCUCUUAUAUGUUUAAUCAUGAGCUGGACAAUGAUUUUGAAAGGGUACAGAAUGAUAGCCUUUUUCCUUCCACCAGUUCCAGGACCAAGAAUAAAAGGCAUAGAUGCACAUCUGUUAGAGACAGGAAGAUCUGAAGAAUUAUUGAGUGCUCUUGGCUGCCAUGGUUUCCCUCCAACAUCAGACUGUGAGGAACUACUGGUAGAGUAUCUGGAGGUGGAGGACAGUGAGGAUCAGCAACUCAUGUCAAGCUGUGAGAAUGGUCAUCCCAGUAAAAAUGUAAAGAUGAUACUCAAAGAAAUAGAUAGUGACUCAGGCCGAGGGAGCUGUGAUAGCCCUUCUCUGCUUUCUGAGAAGUGCAGGGGCUCCCGUGCCUGUCCAUCAACACUUCAAAGACAAGAUGGAAGAGAUGCUGAAGAAAAUAAAGAAGGAAAAAGGAGCUGGGAAGCUCAGGGUAUAGCCUCAGAACAGGAAUUACUCCUUUUUAACAAUGAGAGUACAAGAUCAUCCAUAUGGCCUACAGCUCAGUUACUUAAUAAUCAGCCUUCUCUGUUUGCCUACCACAGUACUGCAGAUAUACCUAAUAUAACACUGAGUACCAUGAAUGUGAACGUUGCACCUGUUUUGGUGGGAAAUGAAGAAAAUCAUCAGUCACAAUAUCUUACCCCUGAAGCUGUCCACAAUGACAUGGAAAAGCAAAGAGCAAUGGACAAUUUUGAUGCCAAAACUGCAGUGCAGAUCAGACAAAACAGACCUAAUGAAAAGUCAGCUUUUUUGAAUCAUAAACUAAUGGAUUAUGUAGAAGUUCACAAUGUCAGACAAAACAAAGAGCCAUCAGUAUUACUGAAACAUAAAGAAAAUAGUGGAAAAAAUGGAAAAUUCACUGCUUCAAGAACCAACAAAGAAUAUACAAAGGUCUCAACAGUUGUGCGCCAUAAUAUUUUAGUACUAAUGCCAGAUUCACGCAUCCAGAAUACACCUGUGUCUCAAGAACCUCCAGUGCAAACAUCUCAGAACCUUAGGCAAGAUCAAGCUGAGAAAAAUACGAGUUACUGUCUGACAGUUCCAAGUGAGAGCAAAAAAGAGACCAAUGGAUCAGACUACAUGGAUCCAUCUUCCUUUAUGCCCUCCUUUAAAUAA